GGAAAGCAGUAGGUGCUCUGCUACGUUUGACAGGGCACAAAACUUUAAAAAAUAUAUACAUACAUAUAUACACAUAUAAAAUCUCUAUAUAAAAUAUAUAUAGAAAAAAUACAAGAUUAAUGAAAAAAACUAAUUAAAUAUGUUAUAGUUUAAUAAAGCAUACAAAAUAUUUAUAACAAAAAAGAGAUAACCCAGUAAUUACACAAGCAAAGAAAAGUGAAACAAGAAGUUUUUAAGUUCAAACAAAACGAAAUGAAAAAAAGUUCUAUAAUGCAAACGAGAAAAAUAAUACACUAAAAUAUGCCCAAAAGAGUAACUAAAUGAUCAAAAGAAGUAACUAGUAUAUAUGUAUAUGUAUAAAAAAACAACAACAACAACAACAAAAUAUGUAACUUAGACCUGCUACUACAAAAAAAAAAAAAACCAAAAAAUAAUAACCGACAAGAAUAACAACAACCAACCAAUCACAAUAAAAUAGUAAAACAACACAAUUGGAACAACAAGAAAAAGGAAAGAAAAACAAACCUAAAAACUACGGUAAAUAGAGAUUUUUGUUCCAGCCUUAAAUGUCUGGAUAAAGUUUGAAUGUUGCCGCUAGGGAAACCAUGAAAAAUGCCGUCAUUGAUGACAACUCCAGCGGUACGUAUCGUUCAGAAAUUGAGACAAAAGGCGGAUAAGAGACGACACCGUAGGUCAUUUAAUGACGGCAUUAUUUCAGCUUUAGUGUUGAAGGAUAUUGCAGUAGUAGCACGAGCAGUAGCACCAACAACAACAACCAAAAUAACACCACCACCAGCAACAGCAACAACAACAUCGGCAUUCUGUGGUAAAUCGACAACAACAACAACAACUGUACGUGUCCAACAACAGAAACAUCCGAAUCGUUGUUGGGCAACUGUAUCUAGGAAUUUAACAACAGAAAUUAAUAUAACCAAUCCCACCUUUGAUAUACAACAACAACAGCAAGAACAAAAACUACAAGUACAACAUUAUCAGCAGAAACAACAACAACCACAAGUCAAACAUCACCUAUUGCUAUUAAACUGAAACAUCAUCAGCUGCAAAAACCAAACAGUCGCAAUUGUGUAAACGUAACGUAACGCAACAUUAGAUUUCCCAUAUUACGUUACGUUCUAUAAUAAUUACAAAUCAACGGUAAACCCCAGGAUAAUCUUACAAAACGGCAGACAUAAACAUCAGACACCUACAGCAGCAGAAGCAGUGGCAGCAGCACCUCCACCAUCAGCACCACCAACACCAGCACCACUAUCAUCAACAUCGGCAACCAGAAAAGGCAUCAACGAUUCCUUCUCCCACAAACGCCAUUGUGAAUUGUGGAUCGUUGUGGAUUGCUGGUCCGCUACGUUUACGGAUCGUCGUUGCCUAUUAUCUGCUGUUAUUUGUCUAUAAUUUGUGGUGGAUAUUUAACGAAUCCUUCCACUUGAACGACACCAUCCACUAUUCAUUGUGGGAGGACAUCAGCAACGAUAAUAUCAACUGGAACCUCAGACAAUCGCAGCAGAAACAGCAACAACACCAGCCGAAGAACAGCAACAGCAACAACAUCUACACCAACAACGAUCCAAAUAGAAAUUUCUUAAUGGACAACAUUGUGCGCAAAAUGGCGGAUGGUGGACACACGUUCGUGAAGAAGAAUUUCCAUAAGCCAACAUAUUGCCAUCACUGCUCGGAUUUAUUGUGGUUCGGUUUAAUUGGACAAGGCUAUAUAUGUGAAGUAUGCAACUUUAUAAUACACGAACGAUGUGUCACAAAUGUUGUAACUCCUUGUUCCGGAAUAGCACCAUGUAUUAUUAAGAAUCCUGUGGCGCAUUGUUGGUCGGAACCCACACAGCACAAAAAGAAGUUUUGUACAGUGUGUCGCAAACGUUUAGAUGAGACGCCAUCUGUACAUUGCAUAGUUUGUGAAUAUUAUGCGCAUCUCGAGUGCCAAGAUUUCGCUGUACCAGAUUGUACAGAAAAUGCCACUUACGUACCCGGCAAAGAGCUAUUAAAUGUUAAACAUCAACAUCAUUGGCGAGAAGGCAAUCUACCAUCAAAUUCAAAAUGUGUUUAUUGCAAAAAGACUUGUUGGUCAUCCGAAUGCCUAACAGGUUAUCGUUGCGAAUGGUGUGGUCUGGCCACACACGCUGGAUGUCGCAUGUACCUGCCAACCGAAUGUACAUUCGGUUGUUUACAACCGAUCUAUUUACCUCCGCAUUGUGUUUCAAUACCACGUACCGAGGUGCCAAUCAAAGAGAUAAUGGGGGUUCGAAAAACCGACUCCGAAUCGAAUUUAGUUCGCGACUAUUCAUGCCAAGUGUAUGAUCCAAAUGAUAUAGAAUGCGCAGUCGCAGCAUCAGCAGCAACAGCCACAACAGCAUCAUCGCAUCAUGUAAGUGCAGCACAAGAAGCUGCUGAUGAAAUCAUGGCUCCAGCUAUAAGCGCAAGCAUUGGAGAAGACAAUGGUCAAGCUUUAAGUUUAAAAGAGCUUUUGUUAUUGCAAAGACAACGUUUAGAACAAUCAAAACAAAAUUUUUUUCUUUCCUCUUCACCUUCAUCGUAUGCACCCUCACCCAUAUCAAUGGCGACCGCAGAGGAUGAAGAGACAUCGGCUACACAGCAACAGCACCAGCAGGUGAUACCACCAGAAGUUAAUGAUGAUGAUGAUGAUGAGGAACCAGGUUUGGAUGGUGCUGAUAGCGUCAGUAAAGAUCAAAGAGAGGACGAGCAAUUGAAUCAAAAUAGGGAUAGUGCAAAGGACCCCGCCUCACCCUUAGUGGACAGCAAAAGAUGCCUCAAACGGGACUGUCUUAAAACGAAUCGCAAAAAGUGCCAAAAAUCUAUAGAAAAGUCCCCCUCGACUUCAUCGUCCUUGCAUUUAUUUUAUACAAAUCUAGUUCGUAAGAUACCAUAUACUGACAGUGGGAGUGGAAGCGGACGCAAGCACCUGUCCUCCAACACCGAUGACGAUGAGGUUGAUGGUGGUGUCUGCGACAUUAGCGGUGGCGAUCUUAGUGAUGAUUAUGAUCAUUGUGAUGUUGAGUUGAGGGCCAAAGGUAAGAUGAGAGGUGCUGGCCCAGCUGGUAGAGGUGGCGGUGCGGAAGUCCAGGCCGGUAAAUCGGAGGUCUUGAGUGAUGGCAGCAGUGGACGCGGAGGCCAGCAGCUAACCCCUGGCACUGGCACCGGCAGUGAUAUUGAAUACCACGGUGAUAUCGAGGGCGAGUCGACCCACCAAGAGGGUUUCUAUGAAACCUCCGAUACCGGUGGUGAACUGACCAACACCGAUGAUAUUGACAUCGAUUCGAGCAUGAAUCUCCUGAGUAAUUUAAGUUGUAACAGUAGUAAUAGUAACACAUCCAUAGAGAAGCGUUUAAGUUUAAAUAGGCAUAGGAAUGCGCACAAUCUCCAGCUGUCUGCCACAGAGGGGGCCCCCAGCAGGCCCAAGCGGACGGCCCACACUGCCUUAAGUGCGUUCGAGAGUACGAAACAAAAGACUGCAGCCAAGCCCAUAGAGGGCACGCCCCAUCAUCAUCAUCAUCAUCGUCAUCAGCCUACCAUGAGUUCACCCAACACAAGCGAUUGUUCAUCGGCCUCACCCAUACCGCCCCCAGUUAAGGGGGCUGCCUCAGCCACUCCCCAUCCCUUGUCGCCGGUGGGGCGUAGUAAAUCGUUUCAGGAACCCGGGGUAAAAGUACACACCCAAAGCCCCACGGCUCGUUACAAGAAAUAUGCCCGGUUCUUUCAGCGUAGACGGUCAAAGCGUGCCGGCGCCUCAGCCAUGGGCAAGGCGGAGGGGAAAAAUGUCCACAGUAAUUAUAGUCUAGAUACCAUGUAUCAGAAUAUCGAGAUAACCAUACAGGAUGAGGAUGGCAACUAUCAGCCCUAUGACGAUAACUACGAUACCUAUGAUCGUCAUAGACGCAGUGAUGAUCUCUUCAAUGCCGACGAGGACGAUGAUGAGGAAGUGCUCAAAGAGUAUUCCCAGUUUUUGGGUAACCGCCUCAGGCCCUAUCAUCACCAUGGUGGGGGAGCAGUUAGUGGUGGUGGUUUCCACAGCGACGAUGGUGGAGGUGGCGAUAUAAGUGAUGGCGCCAGCAGCCGCAGUCGUUCGGGCAUCAGUGACAAUGAGCAUGUUUUUGGUAAAAUCUUGAAACGCAUGCGGCGUUUUUCCAUGGGCUGGCGCAAGCCUCGUUAUCACAAACGCAGAGCUCGAAGUAUAUCAGAAGAAUUCAGCAGUGGUGAUGCUCCACGCUUCAAAGAUGAAGAAUCAGUGGAUAAAAAUGAAACAAUGUCCGUUGUGCCAGGUGGCAGUGCAGCUGGCUGCAGCAGUGGUGGUUCAUCUUCACAUUAUCGACCAGAAUCGGCAUCGGGACAUAAAUCCGAUAAAUCGGAUAAGGAAAAAGAGAAAAAGGAAAGAGAGCGUGAAGAAAAGGAUAUAGAAGCGAUCAAAGUGUUUGAUGGCAACAAUUCAUUUCGACGUCAACUCUAUCGCGUCAUAACCGUACCUCGUACAUACACCUUGGAACAAUUGUUAACAACAGCAUUGCGAGCAUUUCAUAUAUCACGUGAUCCCAGUGCAUUUUACUUAACCGAUUUGUAUGCUCCCGUUGGCAUGGAAGAUGCCGCCUUGCAAGAUCCAAACCCUGUCCUGAGUUUAAAUCACAUGGAGGGUAAACGACCAGCUAUAUUUCUUCGGUUUCAAGACAAGGACAAUGGUUUUGUUCGCGUUUAUCCUGGUAAAUUGCAGUGCUCGCUGGAAGAGCCCUAUGUUAGUGUUCCUGUCGAUUCUACGACCACCAUUAAGGAUUUGAUACGUGAUGCUCUCGAUCGUUUUGGCUUACAGGAUAAUCCAUUCGAGGACUACAGAUGUUCCCAAGUAUUAUUAGAUAGCGGUGUUACUGAACGCAUUUUAUCCUGGUCCGAACGUCCAUGGAAUAUAAUGAAACAAAUGGGCAAAGACUCUAUACGUCAAAUGGAAUUGAUGCGUUUUUAUUUGCAACAUCGGCAAGACCCUCAUGGUCCAAAUAUUGCUCUGUUCGUGGGCAAUUUAGAUCCGGGCAAGUCUCAACGCAAAUAUGAAGAUUUCCUCAAUAAGUACUUGACAGAAGAUAGUAAAUUUACAAGUAUUGGUCCGAUUUACUAUGAAUAUGGAUCAUUGGUGCUGACCUAUGAGGAUGCACAGAAGGCGGUACGAGCUUUUUAUAUACUGCGAGAGGUACGCUGGGAUGGCAAAGAUCUACUGGUAAUGCUUUUGCCCAAUAUUGAGCCAAGCAUGGUGCCAUCCGAUAUAAAUCCCCUGCUGGUAUUUGUAAAUGUGAAAUCUGGUGGUUGCCAAGGUCUGGAAUUGAUAUCCAACUUUAGGAAACUCUUAAAUCCAUUUCAAGUAUUCAACCUUGAGAAUGGUGGACCAUUACCAGGAUUAUAUGUAUUCCGACAUAUACCCCACUAUAAGAUCUUAGUUUGCGGUGGUGAUGGUACCGUGGGUUGGGUGCUUCAAUGUUUAGAUAAUGUUGGUCAAGACUCAGAAUGCUCAAGUCCACCCUGUGCUAUACUACCCUUGGGAACCGGCAACGAUUUGGCUCGUGUCUUAUGCUGGGGUUCCGGCUACACUGGCGAUCAGGACCCCCUUAGCUAUUUGCGCGAAGUUAUUGAAGCUGAAGAUAUACGUCUGGAUCGUUGGACUGUUGUUUUCCAUCCGGAAGAGAAACCCGAGGAACAGAUACUCAAGGUUCCCACCAACACAACUGGUAAGAAGAAGAAGGCUCAUCAAGCACAUCUAUCGCAACAAACAGAUCAGCAUCAUCAAGAACCGGCCAUUACAUCGAGUGAUAAAUCAGCAGGUGCUGGCGAUGAUGAAUGUGAGGGAACCAAAAAUGAGGAUAAUACCCAGAUCUUUGUUAUGAACAACUACUUUGGUAUUGGUCUCGAUGCCGAUCUAUGUCUGGACUUUCACAAUGCACGCAUGGAAAAUCCCUUCAAAUUCAACUCACGUCUACACAACAAAGGUGUCUAUGUCAAAAUGGGUUUGCGCAAAAUGAUGGGUGGUCGUAAGUGUACAAAGGAUUUGCAAAAGGAGCUACAUUUGGAGGUGGAUGGUAAAAUUGUGGAUUUACCACCAUGUGAGGGAAUUAUCAUUUUGAAUAUAUUGAGCUGGGGCAGUGGUGCCAAUCCUUGGGGGCCGGAUAAAGAUGAUCGUUUUUCAACACCCAAUCACUAUGAUGGUUUGCUUGAAAUUGUCGGCGUCACCGGAGUGGUGCAUUUGGGUCAAAUACAAUCCGGCAUACGAUAUGCAAAUCGUAUAGCUCAGGGUGGCCACAUAAAAAUGCAUUUACAUUCUGACUUACCCGUACAAGUUGAUGGUGAACCUUGGGUACAAUGUUCCGGCGAUAUAGUGGUUUUAAAAUCCGCUCUAAGGGCUCUCAUGUUGCGAAAAGUUAAAAGUAAACGGCGUCUCACAGAGCCCCAUAUUUCACCGGCUGUACUGAGUCUGUCUUCGACAGCAGCAGCUACAUCCUCAUCAUCGACGGCCCUGCAAAUAGUGGCCCAAGUCCAACAACAGCAACAAUUUUCGGAAAUGACCAAUUCAUCGUCGGCCAGCCAGACAAUGGUUGCCGCCAUGACCAAUGAAAAGGAGAAAGACAAGGAAAGGGAGCAACAGCAGCAGCAGCAGCAGUCACAGCAACAUUACCAUCACCAGCAGCAGCAGCAACAACAGCAGCAGACCUCUAAUGUCAAUACAUAGAGAUCUCGUCCGUCCGGUCCAAGUUUUCUUUUCUCGUGUUUUUUAUAAUUAUUACAUACACUAAACAAAAACAACAAUCACCAAACAAAAAACACCCACAAACAUCAAAAGAAAAUUAGUUUUCACUUGAAGAAGAAGAAGAAUAAGAAAUGUUUUUGAUCCUUAGAAGCAGGUUCAAAUUCAAAAAUCUCAACUUGAGCAAACAGCAAAUAGAAAAUUUAAUAUGAAGUAGUUUAGCAAGAAGUUCAUAACAAAAACAAAAACUAACAACAACAAAAUCUUAACAAAGACACCAACAACACCAAUUAAGUCUUAUUUCCCCAUAAUGAAAGAAUAUAAGUAAUAAUCUUCCUCAAAUAAAAUAGAAAAAAUUACACAAAAAAUAUUCAAUUAAAGAAAAAUGUAGUAAAAAAUACCUGAUUUUUCUCGUGGUAUUUAUGUCAAAAUUAGACAAAACCAAAAGCAUUUAUUAAAGUUUUCAAUUAAAAGUGUAGAAAGGAAAGUUUCUAAACACUUUAUUAAACAAACCCCGUUUCCUUUGUCUUCUUACUGAUUUUUCACUGUAAUCCCAUUUCUGCGAAAAGAUUUUUCUACAUAAAAAAAGUCUGUAAGGACGUCGAAGUCGUUGAGAUGUACUUGUAAAAAGAAUAAUUUCCCAUAACCAUUCAAAUCAUUUUCACAAAUACACUGAGAGAAUAACAUGUUUUUUAUAAACAUGGAUUCCAAAACCUAAAGAAAAAUAUUGCUAUAAGAAAACCCCCAAAAAUUCCCAACAUUCACUCCACAAAAUUUUAUUUUGUAUUUAUAUUUGUUUUCAAAAAUGAUUUUGUAUAUAUUUUGCAAUUAUUUUUUGUAAUUUUUUUUUUCUUAUUAAAACUUAUUUUUAUUAAAUUUUUAUACUUAAUUUCAUCUACAGCAUUAACUGUUUUGUAAUUUGUGUUUUGUUUUUUCAAAAACUUUUUAUAUGGUCACCUUGCAUAGUUUUGUUGCAAUAGAACAACAUUCGUAGUAUCAGCUGAAAUUCAAAAGUAAUUUCUAGUUCAGCAAUACCAAAAAAAAACUCUUUUUAAAUGUUAUUUUACAGACAGUUAGUUAGAAUUGUUUGUAUUUGAAUUUCACUAAAAUAUAUUCUACAUACAUAAAACGUUUAAAACUAUCAUAAAAAAUGUAAGGAUUUUUAAUAUAGCCUUGGCAAAUGGCUUUGAAGAAAUUUACUUAAGUAUAAGCUUUUAUAUCCUGAUUAUAGCAACAUGUGAUAGAAACUUCGUUGAGACUUAAUUUAGAGCAAUCAUAUUUAUUCCGACCGACUUGUUGUUAAACUAUGACGUUCGUUUAUUGGCAAACUCGAAAUGAUUUUGUGCCACAUAUUUUGAAAAUAUAGGUAUUUCAACCAGGGAUGUGGAGUCGACCGGAGUCGAGUUUUUGAGGCGACCACAGCAAUAUGAGGCUCAAAUGAAAAGUCUUUGGGAGUAAAACACGAAUCAGAUAUCAAUAUUUGGGAAAAAGUGUCUAUGUGGCCACCCCAUCCCCAUAAAUCUACGUAUUAGCCGAUCAUUGCCACAAUGGGGCUCAAGUAAGAGGUAUUUUAGAGUAGAUCAUGAAUAUGAGAUAUAUUUUUUCAGGGUCAAGUCACUGAGUGGCCACUCCAUCCCCCAAAACACCAACCAAACCAGAUAUGUUUACCGACUAUUGAAAUAUGGGGUUGAAAUGAAAGAUAUUUGGGAGUAGACCACGAAUGUGAUAUCAACAUUCGGGACCAAAUAUUUAAGGGACCAACAUUCCACCUUUAUAACAAACCCCAAAUAGGACUUAUUU